GCGCAAAGAGCUUCCUUCGCUAGACAUUCGCUACACAAGUUUGUUUACAUUUAGCAGACCAGCGUUGUUACAUGAGGAGGCUGGAAGAAAAUGAGGAGUACAGCCUGUUCUCUCUUGGUUCGUGCACUCAGGAAUGAGGCACGAAGCAGUUUCAGUGGAAGUAAUGCCGUAGGAAAGUCAACAUCAUGGGCAUCUUUAGCAUCAGCGACAUGGUUAAAUGGAAGCAGAAAACAUACACCAUUAUCUGUUCCCUCUGCAUCAACACCGACUGUAUACAGUUCCAGACUGCUCCACUCUUCGACUUUAAACCUUUCACCGUCUGAAGUUGGUCUGACUGUGGGUGAGCCUGACAAACUGUACAGCUUGGUAGAAGUAGAAUGCCGUGGACAUGAACCUGCUGUCUUACGUUCUUACCAUACCUUUGUCACUACAGCAGCGAGACACCUUGAAAUACCAGUUCAAGAAGUCCUUUGGCCAGACAAGCACAUCAAACGAUGGACUCUUUUAAAAUCAGUUCACAUCUACAAGAAACAUCGUGUUCAGUAUGAAGUGAGGACACACUUUCUCAUAAUGAAGUUUGCUCGCUUGACGGGGUCAACAGCUGACACUUUCUUGGAAUAUGUACAAAGAAAUUUACCUGAAGGCGUUGCCAUGAAAGUUACUAAGCAUGAGCUCCAGAAACUCCCAGAACAUGUGAAGCCAUCAGCAGAGGUUGUGGCUUAGACGAAGAAGCGGAUAGAAGACAAGAUAACUAAGCCAAUGUUUUUAUGUUUUUUUUCUUCUUCCAUGAAAGGUAGUAGAACUGUUGUUGAAUGAGAUGUUAUAUUUAUAUGAUUUGUUUAGCCUCGGUAUAAAAAAAAGAAUGAUAACCUUUUGUGAUCACUUAUCACUAUUGGGAGGUAUAUCAAGGAUAUGAAAAAAUCAAGCAAGUCUGACCUCUUUUUAUAAAAUAUGUACAUAAUAUACACUUAAAAUAUAUGGAAUGACAUUUCAA